AUGCGGUUUAAAGGAUCCCGUGAAAUUUUAAAAGAUUUAUGUUUCCUAUCUCCUCAACGUAUGAUGGAAUUCAAUAAUAAUAAUAAAACUUUGCCAAAUGAUGCUUUUCAAAAUAUUGACAAAUGGAUUCCUAGUAUUGAUGUAUCGCUAUUAAAAAUAGAAUACACUACAUUUAGUAAUAAUUUAACUGAACUAUUGGAAGGACAAGGACUUCACCCAAAUAAAUUACAUAUUGAUCACAUUGCUGAUGAAAGUGAUUUGGGUUCAGUCAGCUUGACUAGUUCAUCAAAUGAAGAUGAAGACAUAGAAGUAAUUAAAGGAAAGGUCAGCAGUUUAAAGAUUCUAGAAAUAUUAUCUAAUUAUGGUUUAACAGCGGCAUUUCCAAAUUUAUACCUUGCGUACAAAUCUCUAUGCACAUUACCAGCAUCAUCAGCGACAGCAGAACGUAGCUUCUCAGUGGUGAAACUAGUAAAGACAAGAUUGCGUUCUACUAUUGGUCAAUCCCGUUUGGAAAGCUUAUUAAUUUUAAGUUGUGAAAAAGAUGUGGCUAUUAAUUUUGAAGAAGUUAUUGAUACAUUUGGGAAUUCUUCUGACUUAUUGAAAAAA